CAGGGCCUCGCUCUUGGUCGCGCCCAGCAACACUCCGGCCUGAGGGAGGGGGCGCGCUUUCUUCCUGCCAUGGUUCAUCCCGAUGAAACCACCACCUUGGUAGGGGAAGAGGCAAACCGGAUCUUGGACCCUCUUUACCAAGACGAGGUCUUCAAGACCUCUCUGCCACGCGAAAUUGUGUUACAUUUUCGUACUCCUCUGCUACAGCCACUCUGCUCAACGUUUUCCCUCCCCGAUUCCGCCUUCCCCGGAGCCUCCCUUACAAAGAUGGCGGCAAGCGCACUUCCGGCGGGUGUCCUACGGUUGUAUAGACAUGGAGACCGAUCCCCAGUGAAGACAUAUCCCAAGGACCCCCAUCAGGAAGAGGAAUGGCCACAGGGUUUCGGUCAGCUCACCAAGGAAGGGAUGCAGCAGCACUGGGAGCUGGGCCAGGCUCUGCGACAGCGCUACCAUGGCUUCCUAAAUGCCUCUUACUGCCGGCAAGAGGUUUAUGUGCGCAGCACAGACUUUGACCGCACCCUCAUGAGUGCAGAGGCCAACCUGGCUGGACUCUUCCCUCCUGACGGGACGCAGCGCUUCAACCCGAACAUAUCCUGGCAGCCCAUCCCUGUGCACACUGUGCCCCUCGCCGAGGACAGGCUGCUGAAGUUCCCCCUGGGCCCGUGUCCCCGUUACGAGCAGCUGCAGAAUGAGACCCGGCAGACAGCAGAGUAUCAGAAUGAGAUUGCCCAGAACACACAAUUUCUGGCCAUGGUGGCCAACGAGACAGGGCUCGCCGACCUGACCCUGGAGACCGUGUGGAACGUGUAUGACACUCUCUUCUGUGAGCAAACCCACGGGCUACUGCUGCCUCCCUGGGCCUCGGCCCAAACCAUGCAGCGACUGAGCCGCCUGAAGGACUUCAGCUUCCGCUUCCUCUUCGGCAUCCACGAGCAGGCAACGAAGGCCCGGCUUCAGGGGGGAGUCCUGCUGGCUCAGAUACGGAAGAACUUGACCCUCAUGGCAACCACCUCCCAGCUCCCUAAGCUGCUGGUCUACUCUGCGCACGACACGACCCUGGUUGCUCUGCAGAUGGCCCUGGAUGUCUAUAAUGGCGCACAGGCUCCCUAUGCUUCCUGCCACAUAUUUGAACUAUACCAGGAAGACAGUGGCCUGUCUCUCCCGUCGGCCCCAGGAAUUUCUCAGUGGAGAUGUACUUCCGGAAUGAAAGUCGGAAGGCUCCCUGGCCCCUGCUCCUGCCUGGCUGCCCUCACCGGUGCCCACUGCAGGACUUCCUUCGCCUCACAGAGCCCGUCGUGCCCAAGGACUGGCAGCAGGAGUGCCAGCUGGCAAACAGUACUGCAGACACAGUGAUCCCUUCCAUUGUGUAACUGAGAGUGAGAGCAGCCAGGAGAGGACUUCUCCAUCACAGACCACCAGCUCACCUGUCCCAGCUCUUCUCCACAGGACCUGUGACACCUGUGUCCCCUUCCCCACGGAUCACAGCUAUUCUAAAGCCAAUGAAGCCAUCUCUCCAGCUGUCGUUUCUGAUUCCUUUGGUGUAGAAUUUUCCUGAGAGUUGCCUGGACACUGGCUUCACUUCCUCACUUCCAUCCUCACUCGAGACUGACAUUACCGUCUUCUGUCUCCCUCUUGUCAAGUGACCAGUUCUUAGCAGCUUCUGUCACCGUUCAGCGGCAUCCCAGAACUGAUCAGUCCUUGCGCAGACACUUUCUUGGUAACUGGGGGUAUAGCUCAGUGGCAGAGCACAUGCGAGGCCCUGGGUUCUAUUCCUGUAAUUGCAGGAAAAACAAAACCUCCACUCUCUUGGAUUCUCCUGGUUUUCUCCUAACCUCCGGGCAGCUCCCUUGCCGCUGCUCCUCCCCACUGACCAGGGGACAGCACAGGGCCAGUCCCUAUCACUCUGCCCUUCUGCGACUCCCAGUGACCUCAUCCCGCCGUGCUGAGCUCUUUGUGUUACAACACAGACUCGCAGCCUCAUCCCCGAGCUGCUUGUGCCCCCAGCUGCUGACUCCAGGCCUCUCUGUGGAGGUCCAGUGAGUGGGCGGGACAUGAGCACAUCCUCAGGGGCUCCCAGUUAGUCAGUGCUGUGUCCAUCACUUAGGAGUCUUAGGCAGUGUCCUGCUUCUACCCACGUCUAAGCCACUAGCAGAUCCUCUGCUCAGCCUUUGCAAUACUCGCUCUCACCUCCCUGUUCCAACCCUGUCCUGCUCGUCACAGUUGCCGAAGAACCUCCUGGUAUUCUUUCUGGUUCUGUUCUUGUCCCUGCUAGUCUUUCAGCGCAGCAGAGUUCGUUUCUAAGAAAUGUCAGUUGGCCGCGUUGCCAUCCUCCUAGGCCUCCCAGUGGCUUCCUGCCACACAAGUCCAAGUUCUCUGCCUCGACCUGCCAGGUCCCACUUAGCCCAGGGAUGCUGACUUUCUUUUGACCUUAGGUCACACCAAGCUCAUUCCCAAGCCAGGGCCUCUUGCAUCUGCUUCCUGACUCCCCACCUCCCACUCAAACAUUCUUAGAUCUAUUAUUCUUUUUUUGGGGGGGAUACCGAGGAUCGAACUCGGGCCCUUGCACUUGCGAGGCAGUCAGUGGAGCCACUGAGCUAAAUUCCCAAACCUGUUAGUCUUUUGUUUUAUGCUUCUAGGGUUUAGACCCAGGGCCUUUGCGCUGAGUCUCAUCCUCAGUCCCUACCCGCUUUUUCAAUUUUGAGACAGAGUCUAAGUCUCUUGAGCUGUCCAGGCUGGACUCGAACUUGUGAACCUCCUGCCACAGCCUCUGGGGGCUGGAAUUACAGGUCUGUGUCAUCAUGCCCAGCUUCUGCUCUCAGGUCUGUGUGUGUCCCUCGUUGACACCCGGUCUUUGCUCAUUGGUGAUGCCUUUCCGGGCUGACCUACCGUGCUUAAUAACAGUCAUCACUAGUGUGUCCUUCCUGUCCCCUGCUUGUGUCAGAGCUCCUCCCAGAGUGAACUCCAUGGCACAGGGACUGUCUGUCCCGUUGUCAGAGUAGCACCUGGCCUGAGGUAGCUGCCCGAUGCUUGCAGGGUGAACGCUAAUG